UUGAAGAAUCAUUUGAAAUGCUAGAACAAUUCUGAUGUCUAUUAUCAGAACAAUACCAUUUUUUCAUUGAAAAGUCCAAAUCCUUGAACUUUGAUGAAUUGUCUUUUGUUUGAAUAUGUCACCAAUUUGGUGGGCCCUACUCUUAUUAAGUUUCUAUGAUUUUCAACUAGAACUAGGAACUAGGAACACUUGGUGGUGUGGUAUAACUUUAAUCUUAUCCUUUCUUAAUUAUGCUAAUUAUGUUGAUGCUUUUCCAUCCACAGGUGAGAUGGCUUUGCUGGUUGAAGGUCUGGCUGUUGGUGGGGAGACAUCUUUAGAAGAGUACAUCAUCGGUCCAGCAGAUGAAUUUGUGGAUGAUCAGGAACCAACUGCUGAAAAAGACUCUAUAAAAUUGUAUGGACCUGAGGAGGGCCUUUCCUGGGUCGCCAAGCCUGUGCCUGGACAUAGUAGUCUUGGUCUUGUGUCCCGCCAAGGAAGCAUGGUAAACCAGAGUGUGCCUCUUAUGGAUCCUCUUGUGACUCUCUUUGGCAGUGUCCAUGAGAAGCUCCCUGAGGCAGGGAGUAUGCGAAGCAUGCUAUUUCCCAAUUUUGGCAGUAUGUUUAGUACAGCGGAGCCCCAAGGUAAAAAUGAACAGUGGGAUGAAGAGAGUUUGCAGAGGGAAGGUGAGGGUUAUGCAUCAGAUGCUGGGGGGGCAGACUCUGAUGACAACUUGCAGAGCCCAUUGAUCUCACGCCAAACAACAAGCAUGGAAAAGGACAUGGUCCCUCCUCCCUCCCAUGGAAGCAUUCUAAGCAUGAGACGGCAUAGCAGUCUCAUGCAAGGAAAUGCUGGCGAAGCAGUCAGUAGUAUGGGCAUUGGUGGUGGUUGGCAGUUAGCAUGGAAAUGGUCUGAGAGAGAAGGUGAAGAUGGAAAGAAGGAAGGAGGCUUUAAAAGGAUAUAUUUGCACCAGGAGGGAGUACCUGGAUCAAGGCGUGGGUCUCUUGUUUCACUUCCAUAUGGUGAUGGUCCUGCCGAUGGUGAGUUUAUUCAGGCUGCUGCUCUGGUAAGCCAGCCUGCUCUGUAUUCCAAGGAACUUAUGGAUCAACAUCCCGUUGGACCUGCAAUGGUUCAUCCAUCUGAAACUGUUUCAAAAGGACCAAUUUGGGCUGCUCUUCUUGAACCAGGAGUCAAGCGUGCAUUGAUUGUUGGGAUCGGAAUUCAAAUACUUCAGCAGUUUUCUGGCAUAAAUGGGGUCAUGUACUACACUCCUCAAAUUCUUGAGCAGGCAGGUGUUGAAGUUCUGCUUUCCAACCUUGGCAUUAGUUCGGAGUCUGCCUCUUUCCUUAUCAGUGCAUUCACAAAUUUUUUGAUGCUUCCUAGUGUAGCUGUCGCCAUGAGAUUCGUGGAUGUCUCAGGCAGAAGGACACUGCUGCUCACUACUAUACCGGUGUUGAUAUUGUCACUCAUCAUCCUAGUCGUUGCCAAUGUUUUUGACUUGGGAACUAUCGCUCAUGCAGUAAUCUCAACCAUCUGUGUUAUAGUCUACUUCUGCUGCUUUGUUAUGGGAUAUGGGCCAAUCCCAAAUAUCCUCUGCGCAGAAAUAUUCCCUACACGGGUUCGUGGCCUCUGCAUUGCCAUAUGUGCCCUAGCUUUCUGGAUUUGUGACGUUAUUGUUACCUACACGCUGCCUGUGAUGCUCAAUUCAAUUGGCCUCGCUGGUGUCUUUGGCAUUUAUGCUGCUGUAUGUGUCAUCUCCUUGGUCUUCAUCUUCUUAAGGGUUCCAGAAACCAAGGGUAUGCCCCUAGAAGUCAUCACAGAAUUCUUUGCUGUUGGUGCAAGGCAGGCUGAUAUUACCAAGAAUGAAUGAUGAGGAACUUUGACCAGCAUGUCAGUUCUUUCAUUGCAUUUGCUGCUAAGAUACCGCUCGACAAUUCAGCUUCCUUCCAGCGAGUUUUGUGCACUGUGAUUACAUUGAGGAUUAAAAUGUUUUGCGUUAUUGUAUGGCAAAGUUUGAAUUAGGGUGUAAUCCAUGUACUUGAAUAAAGGAAGAUAUCAAGUUAACACGGCAAUACUCAUCUUG